GAGACAGCCUCUUGGUAUUCCUUGACCUGAUUGGCUUUCCGAUGGCACUCAGUGUUGCCGGGUGAUGCGGAAGUAAGCUUCGACAGCUGGGGUAUCUGUUGAAGGAAAGUCACGAGGAGAUACAGCCGGGUGUGUUCAGGGGGCACGAGUAGAAAAUAAUAUUACUACUUUGCUGGAACCGGGACCGAGAGUUUCCCAAGAAAUAUUGCUUGUGACUGAUUCUUUGGGUGUGUGUAUUGGGGGUCCCUGUAUCAUUGGGGCUCCCAGACAUGCUGUCUCUGAAGAAGUAUCUGACGGAGGGUCUGAUACAAUUCACCAUCCUGUUGAGCCUGAUGGGAGUGCGCAUUGACCUGGACUCUUACCUACCUUCUUAUCUGCCCCCAUUGCAUGAGAUUAUUCUCGGACCCACCUCAGCCUAUACCCAGACUCAGUUUCACAGUUUACGUGGUACCUCAGAUGGGUAUGGGGUACACCCAAAGAGUGUGGAUCUGGACCAGUUUUUCACAUCUCGUCGACUGCUUAGCCAGGUGCGGGCUCUGGACCGACUGCACGUGCCAAGCACAGAGCUGGAUACAUGGCUGGUGCACAGGGAAGCUGAGGGUUCUGUGUCUAGUGCCCAGACUGACCCUGGUCGCCCCCCUGACAGUCCUCAAGAUCGUCCUAAUUCAGACAGCAGCCUAACAGAUAGCAUGCGUUUGGAGCAAAGUCUCAGUGGAGAAGAAAUGGAAGACCUUGGAGCAGUGGCACCUCCUGGAACUUCAGAUCUCAGCAAGGAGGACAUUGACUUGAUUGAUAUACUUUGGCGCCAAGAUAUUGACCUUGGUGUGGGACGAGAGGAUUUUGAGAACCGUCAAUACCAGAAGGAAAAUGAGGAUGAGUGGAAGCCAUUGGGAGAUAGCCCUAGAGCUAAUAUUCUGGAACCCUCUCCACCAAUUGAUGGAGAGACAGGGGAGAACAUACCUCAAGGGGAUCAAACUUCUCUCUCUUUGGAAGAAUGUUUGAGUCUCCUUGAUGUAAAUUUUCCAUAUGCUGACAGAGCUGAGUUUUCAGCUCCUUCUGCCCCGGAUCUUUUAAAUGGUCAACAGUGUCGUAUAAUGGCAUCCUCUGAUGGAGCAGAUGGGCUUCUCUCUCCACUUCUUCCAGACCUGGGGUCUUCCCUGGACAUGGAGGAGCAGUGGCAGGACCUAAUGUCGCUCAUGAAUAUGCAGAACAUGGAUGUGAACAGCUCGUCUUCUGACCCUUUGUAUCUGAACCUAGAUCCGCCACUGCAGAAUAUCAGAAACCAAGGCCAGACCUCCUUUCUUGGCUGCUCUCAGAACCUGUCCUCUGUUUUUACUACUAUGUCAGAGUCUCUCUCUACAUCAGAACCACCACUGCUUCAGCUCUCUUCUCACAACUCCACAAACCUGAAUUCCACCUUUGGGUUAACUAACCUGACAGAAAUGCUCUCUCCCUUACAGCUAAAUAGCACUGGCAAUAUUACAUUAUCCCCCACCCUUGCAGACCCUUUGGGGGAACUACUUGAUGAAGAGGCUCUUCUGGAUGAGAUUAGCUUGAUGGAGCUCGCUCUUGAGGAAGGUUUCAGUCAAGUGCAGGCUUCACAACUCCAGGAUGAGCUGGAUUCAGAUUCUGGUCUCUCUUUGGACUCACAGCGUAGCCCUGUGUCUCCCAGUGGAUCUGAGUCAUCCUCGUCAUCUUCUUGUUCACCAUCAUCUUCCUCAUUCUCUGAGGAAGGAGCAGUGGGAUAUAGCACUGACUCUGAGAUUGUGGACCAAGAGUAUUCUGAAGACAAUGGGUACCAACCAGAAUAUAGCAAAUUUUGUCGCAUGAGUUCUCAAGAUCCUUCACUAUUUCAGCACUUACCCUUUUUAGAGCAUGUAGGGCACAACCACACCUACAAUAUGGUGCCAGAGGACCCUGAUGAGGACCAGCCUAUGUUAAGUACUGGAAGCCGGAGGCAGAUGGGAUUUCUUGAGAGACAGGCAGGACGUGAUGAGCAGAGAGCUAGAGCUCUGAAAAUCCCUUUCAGUAAUGAUAAGAUUAUUAACUUGCCUGUAGAAGAAUUUAAUGAGCUACUUGCCAAGUAUCAUCUGAGUGAGGCGCAGCUCUGCCUGGUGCGAGACAUUCGCAGGCGGGGCAAGAACAAAAUGGCUGCUCAGAACUGUCGCAAACGUAAGUUGGAUACAAUUUUGAACCUAGAGCAAGAGGUGAAACGUCUUGGCCGGGAACGUAGUUCUCAGCUGAGAGAAAAGAGUGAGAAUUUGAGAUCUCUACAGUGGAUGAAACAGGAGGUAGAAAAUCUUUACCAAGAGAUUUUCAGUCAGCUCAGAGACCAGGAUGGAAGGCCAUACUCACCCCAGCGAUAUGCCCUACACUAUACCAGCAAUGGCAGCGUUGUACUCAUGCCUCGUAAUAUAGAGGGACAGCAGAACAGACGGCAUGAAAGGAAAGACAGGAGAAAGUGAGAAAAUUUAUAUCUAACUUCAGGAAUAUUAAAGGACAUGGGGUGUGGGCUCUGCUUUCUUUCAGGCCUUGGUAUCAAACCUUUCACAAGAGACUGACCUUAGUGAGUGACCAGAAAGUUGUCUCCACAUAUAGUGGGUCAGGGGCUGUGUCCUGUCUGUGUCUGGGCCCCAUUUGUCCAGGAAUGAGGAGAAGGCUGGCCGGGGCAGAAUGGCAAGCCCUGUAAUCAAAAGCUAGUGCAGCUGACAAAGAAUGGGUAAAAAAAAUAGUUUUUAAACUUGAUCCUAUAAUCAGUAUGAAGUGUAGCCAGCUAUGUGUCAGAGACUGAUGUGUCAACAUGCAUGAGGAGGAGCUUAUACUGACUUGUCAUGUUUAGUAACUGAGCUGGUGGAGUUGAUGCAGUAAAACACUUUGGGCAAAGACCCAGAGAGAACCAAUCACUGACCAGAUAUCUGUGGAAGUAACCCAUUAAUGUUUUUUAAUUAAACAGAUAUCUGUGGUUUAUGACCCUGCCACCGAGCAUAGAUCUGAGGGACUGAUCUGCUAGUAACAUACUUGUGCAUUCAGAUUUUUAGACCAAAUAGCAAACUUUUAUUAUUGGUAUACAUUUCUGUGAAGAACAGACCUGUUCAGUGGAUUUAUUGCUCAUUAUGGGAAGGGUUUCUGGAGUCUUUAGUUGAGUCAUCUUGUUUGGAGGAAUAGAUUUAAAAAAAAAAAUCAUGAAAGAUUAUACAAGUAAAUCCCCAAAUUAGAAAUAAUGUGUAAUCCUGGAACCCCCUCCCACCACACAUAACAUUUAUAUCUUGGGAACAUCUCCAGAUGAUCCUGUGUGUGGCAGGCAGGGAGUACAGUAAAUUCCUAUGAGUGACAGGAAAUGUUUGAGGAGUAGCAGUAAGUAUCUGAAUCUUUAACACCCUAUAUAGACUUGAUUUGAUCAGUUAGGUUUAGAAUUUGCUGCUUUGUUCUAAAAAAAUAAAUAAAAUUAAAAAAAAACUAUGCACGUUCCACACUGUCAUCUUGGAACCAAUUCAACACUGUAUUGAGAACUGUUUUUGUUUUUUCUGUUUGUGUUUUGUUUUUUAAACAAAUAAACUGAUUUUUUUUUCCGUGA